AUGGGUGAUUAUGUGUUCUUAAAGGUCUCUCCUAUGAAAGGAGUUAUGAGAUUUGGAAAGAAAGGCAAGUUGGCACCCUGUUACAGAGGACCUUUUGAGAUCAUGGAUAGAGUGGGAGCAGUUACUUUUCGGUUGGAGCUGCUACUAAAAGUUUCUCAUGUCCACCCAGUGUUUUAUAUUUCCAUGCUUAGGAAAUAUGUUCUCGACCAUUCUCAUGUGUUGCAACCAGACACAGUGGAGUUAAAUGAGAACUUGACUUUUAAGGAACAACCAGUGGCCAUAGUGGAUUAUCAAAUGGGGAAACUUCGAUCAAAACAAAUCUCUAUGAUUAAAGUUCUGUGGAGAAGUCAAUCUGUAGAGGAAUGCACCUGGGAGUCAGAGUAA